UUUCCCGGGGGGCAGAAAAUGAAACCUGGAGGGGGCCAGGGGCUAUCCCCAGGGAUGAAUCAGCUGGAAAGCAGCUCAGGAAGGAUGUGACAGUGCAGCUGCUGGCUCCUCACCGAGCUGCUGCCGGAGAGCAGCUGAGGGAGGAGGAAGAGGAGGAGGAGGAGGAGAGCAGGGCUGCUGUCUCAGGUUUCCAUGCACUGCACGUGUGGGUGGUGCGAGCUGAGCCUGCUCCAGCCACCGAGCGAGCGGGGAGCAUGGGGCAGGUGGCUUGGAAGGCUUUAUUUCUGUCUCUCUUCGAUUAUAAAACCGAGAAAUACGUCAUUGCCAAGAACAAGAAGGUUGGGGUCCUCUACCGAGUGGUGCAGCUCUCCAUCCUGGCUUACCUGGUGGGGUGGGUGUUUGUGGUCAAGAAAGGCUACCAGGACACAGACACGUCCCUGCAGAGCUCUGUCAUCACCAAGCUGAAAGGGGUGGCCUUCACCAACACCUCGGAGCUGGGGGAGAGGAUUUGGGAUGUUGCAGACUAUGUCAUCCCUCCCCAGGGUGAAAGUGUCUUCUUUGUCAUGACAAAUCUGAUUGUGACCCCAAACCAGAGACAAGCCACGUGUGCUGAGAGUGCCAGCAUUCCUGAUGCUCGGUGUGACAGGGACACGGACUGCCUGGAAGGGGAAGCAGUGGUGGCUGGCAAUGGGGUUAAGACUGGCCGUUGUUUGAAAGACAGGGGCAGCACCACAGGGACUUGUGAGAUACUGGCCUGGUGCCCAGUGGAGAAAAGAUCCAAGCCCAAGAAACCACUUCUGGGCAGUGCAGAAAACUUCACUGUUUACAUCAAGAACUCCAUUCGCUUCCCCAAGUUUAAGUUCUCCAAGAUGAACGUGCUGGCCACUGACAACGAGUCCUACCUGAAGAGCUGUCGGUACAGCCAGGAGCAUCCCUACUGCCCCAUCUUCGUGCUGGGCAACAUCGUCCGCUGGGCUGGGGGCGACUUCCAGGAAAUGGCCUUGCAGGGUGGUGUGAUAGGAAUUCAGAUUGAAUGGAACUGUGAUCUUGAUAAAGCCCCUUCUGAAUGUAAUCCUCACUAUUCUUUUAGCCGGCUGGAUAACAAGUCUGCAGAAACCUCCAUCUCUUCUGGCUACAACUUCAGGUUUGCCAAGUAUUACCGGGAUGCUGAGGGGGUCGACUACCGGACGCUCAUUAAAGCCUACGGAAUCCGCUUCGAUGUGAUGGUGAAUGGCAAGGCAGGGAAAUUUAACAUCAUCCCCACCAUUAUCAAUAUCAGCUCGGGGCUGGCACUCAUGGGAGCUGGAGCUUUCUUUUGUGACCUGGUGCUGAUAUACCUGAUCAAGAAGAGUAACUUUUAUCGAGGCAAAAAGUAUGAGGAAGUCAAGUCCAACUCCAGGAAAUCCUUGUCGAGCCCUACGCUGAACGGGAAUCAGAGCCCGGAGCAGCUCGAUGGGCUCUAGGCACAGCAGAGGCUCUGCCAGCUCCAGGAAACCCACACAGGUGUGGCACCACACCAGCACUGGGAGGUGGACAUAGCCCAGAUCGGGCCUGCUAUGAUCAGGAUUCCCAGAGGAAAAAGCCUUCUCUAAAGACUGCCUUUCUUCCCUGAGAUCUCUCUGGGAUCCUGAGCUCGCAACACGUGUCGUCACUAUGGAUUUAUAAAAGGAUUUUUAUAAAAGGAAAAAGAAGGCACCAAAUGAAUGUUUUUAUAUCCACUGGUAGAUAUAUCUGUACUUAUACCAAUAGCCAGCGUUGUCCUGUGGCUGUGCUUUGCUUCCAUGUGGAGAAAGGCUGUGAUGGGAGCACUUUGGGAAGGGCUGAAGCUGAAACCCAACUGUGGCAGCCACCGCCUCCAGCUCCUGCCUGGGUGAUGCUGUGACAUCAGGCGUGAAGCAGCAGGACUGCUGUGCUCAGGAGAGGCAGGGAAAUGUGGCACUGGAGCUGGGGCUGUGCUCCUGCAGGGCCUGAGGCAGAGGGGACAGUCACUGAGCAGCAAUGUGGAACCCCUGCACAGUUCCUGCCUCCUGUGCCUGCUGUCAUUUGCUGGGACUGUCCUCGCUGCACCACUGCCUGAUUUCUCAUGCUGGGCAGGUCUGGAUGGGCACUCAGUGCCUCUGUUCCUAACAGACUAGAGGGGCAGCUCUGCCAGGGCCACAGGCUGAGCCAGCCUCCUCCAAAUGCACCAACAGCAAGGAAAGUUAGGACAUAUCUGCCUGCUACUGCAACACCAGUGACCUCCAGGAAACACAAGUGCUUGUCUCUCAGCAGAAUCACUCUCCCUGCAGCCCAUUUUGUCCAUUUAUCUCAUGUGAGGAUGUAACCAAUCUCAGAAAAGGGCUUAAGGAAUUUCAUUGUGUUCUGUACAUGCUGCCCCAUCACCACAGACUGGGAGCUGUCCUGAUGAAGAUUAAAUGUUUCUGUGCAUGCUUUGAAUACCAAAAGUUAAAGAUGCUCCUGCUGCAGCAUCUGAGGGUGGCAUCAGGGAGCUGCUGCCAUUGAGUGUCUGCACAAAUGGCACCAGCAGCUGCACCCACCUCUGCUUCAGCUUCUUUAAGGUUGUUACUCUGAGGUACAGGUUCAUCCUAAAUUAAAAUUCACCUGUUAGUGGCAAACUCUGAACCCAGUCACUGACAGCAAACCCCACCCAGUCUAGUUCCCUCUGCUUCUGUGUAGUGAGCCAAAAAUGGGACUAGAAAAUAGAAUUAAACACUGGAGUUCAUUUAGGAUAAGCUGUGUACCUUUGGUGCUCUGAUCUCACCCAAAACCUUCUCUCCAUGUCAGAAGUCUCUCCUCAAGGCAAACAAGAGUCACCACAUAAGAAACUGCACAGGAGCUCCCACCAGGCUUUUGACUGCCAGGGUUUAAUUGGAGUUGAGCAAUUUCUAGAUGGUGAAACACAGAGUGAACCCCCUGUGUGACAUCAGGGCCUGGCACAACUCCUGGCAUGCAAGCAGCUCCUCCUGACGUGCAAAGCUGACUGUGCUCUGCUGAAACCAUUGUUUUAACUUGCCAAAACAUCCUCCUGUGAGAGGACCAAAGCUAUUUCCUGAAUCUAAGUCUCCAGGCCUCCCAGAUCCCCUAGAAUGUUUCCUUUCUUUAGGCUGUGUAACACAACUCCUACAACCCCUGCUGUUAAUAAAACAUAACCAGAUUCCUUCUCAG